AUGACUAAGUUAACAAUCUUUGUUUUUCUCUCAAUUUGGUUUUCAUCAUCAUAUUCAUGGGCCAACAAAACUCAUAUUGAUGACUUCCUUCAAUGCCUUUCUCAAAAAAUUACAAACUCAAACUCAUCACAAGUCAUCCACACUCCUGAAAACUCAUCAUAUUCCACCCUUUUUAACUCUUUUUUUUCAGAUAAUCAAAGGAUAACCUCCAACUACAAACCAUCAAUUAUUUUCACUCCUAUCAAAGAAUCUCAAAUCAAGGCAGCUAUACAUUGCUCCAAGAUACAUGACCUACAAAUUAGAAUUCGAAUUGGUGGACAUGACCAUGAGGGACUUUCAUACACUUCGGAGACCCCUUUUUUCAUAAUUGAUCUUAGGAACCUAAGAUCAAUAUCCAUUGAUACCCAAAAAAAGACUGCUUGGGUUCAAACUGGCGCGACCAUAGGGGAACUUUACUAUAGAAUUGCCCAAAAAAGUAAAAAAUUGGCCUUUCCUGCUGGGGUUUGCCCCAAUGUUGGUGUUGGUGGACACUUUAGUGGUGGAGGCUAUGGUAUGUUGGCACGGAAAUUCGGUACUGCUGCUGAUAGCAUCAUUGAUGCAAAAUUAAUUGAUGCUAACGAACAAAUCCUGGAUCGAAAAUCAAUGGGUGAGGAUCACUUUUGGGCUAUUAGAGGAGGUGGAGGGACUAGUUUUGGUAUCAUUACCUCAUGGAAAGUGAAAUUACAUGAUAUUCCAGAAAAGGUAACUGUAUUCAACGUGACACGAACGUUGGAACAAAAUGCAACUCAACUAGUCUACAAAUGGCAGCAUAUUGCAGACAAAGUUGAUGACAAUCUCCUCCUGAGGCUCUUCCUGAGGAGCAAUAUUUCAUCUCCAUUCAAGCGUGGACAAAAGAGUAUCAAUGCCAUAUUCUUUACAAUGUUUGUCGGAGGAGUAGAUGAACUGCUCCACGAAAUGAAAAAGAGCUUCCCAGAAUUAGAACUAAUGAAAGAAGAUUGCAUUGAGAUGAGUUGGAUUGAAUCUAUAAUCUACUUCUAUAUCGGUUUCCCUAAGGGCACAUCACCUGAUGUGUUACUAAAUUGGAAUACCACAACUAAAAAACAGUUGUAUUUUAAAGGGAAAUCAGACUAUGUCCAACACCCAAUUUCUAUAAAUGGUCUUAAAGGUAUAUGGAAACUAUACAACAAAUUGGGCGAAAAUGCUGGCGUUGAAUUACAGUUUAGUCCCUAUGGGGGAAAGUUGAGUGAGAUAUUAGAAUCUGAAACACCUUUCCCUCAUAGAGCUGGAAAUAUUUUCAUGAUCGAGUAUGCAGCUUUUUGGAUGAAAAUGGAAAAUUCUAAGAGAAGCUUAGAUUGGAGUCGAACACUUUAUAGAUACAUGGCUAAGUAUGUGUCAAAAUCUCCUAGAGCAGCUUAUUUCAACUAUAGAGAUCUUGAUAUAGGAGUGAACAAUAUUAAUGGAAACACAAGCUAUGAACAAGCAAGAAUUUGGGGAGUGAAAUAUUUCAAGAACAACUUUGAUAGAUUGGUGAAAAUCAAGACAAAAAUUGAUCCAACAAAUAUCUUUAGGAAUGAACAAAGUAUUCCUCCUCUAUUAUCUUAA